UAGAACACAGCCUUCCCUUUUUCUUUGAAGUCGGAUUCGGACACCCACCCGCGCGGACACCAACUGCCUGAGUUUUGUUCUUCAGACGGCAGUGCCACAAUAGCCUUGACUACAACACUCAAUCAAGUGCAGCUCCGUUGUUUAAAGUGGAGUUUCACAGAACCACUUGGAAUACAGCCUGCCUGCACGAAAAAUCAAUUUUGGACACGGUUGAAUCUGCUAAGGUUUGCGCAGCUGUAUGCUUUAACCUCACUUAUACCACGUAGGCUACCCAUGCGUUUGUGAACGAGUUAUAAUGGUGGAAUUUCAGCGCCAACUGCUUUGGUGAGGUCUCGUCGCGACUGGAGGACUUUUCACCGCUCUGUAUGGACAGUGGAGGUUACCGAUUUGCACCACCGAGGGUUUGAGUCACUCCGGCGGCACGCGCUUUGGAACCUGAUCCGAUAGCGUAGUCCGCAUCAGGAAGAGCGGGCGUUUUUCUUUGCCUUGCUCAUGUGCUCAGUCUAACCGGUGCAUUCUUGAACAACUUACCAGUUGGGAAAGGAGGCUUGUUUUGGGGACGGCCGCGUAAGGGCUACGCGUAUCUCCUAUUAGAAAUCUGUGGUCAGUACUGCGUUGUAUAACUUCCGAGAAGCCCUCAUUUGGACGUGCCGCACGUAUUUUCACCAAAUAUUUUAGCCUUCAUUAUUCCCUGUACCUGGUAGCCUGUAGCCCAUUUUUGGCAUAUGUCUGAAUGAGGAAAUCUGGACUAAUGUAGAGCGUAUGCCCCUCUUCAUUGUGGAAUUACAACAAGAAAGUGUUCAAAAAGACAAAGCGCGCUGGAGUCUAAAGGAUCUGGAUUUGGAUAUUUGGAACUUUUCUCCUUUUAAUACAGGCGAACCUGCAAGACUGCAAUCGGCAGAGAAUACAUUCUUCACCAUGGUAGUGUUCGGUGCCGAUCGUAGUAUUGAUAACAUUUAAUGAAGUUGAGCAGCGUUUUUACCCAAAGUUGUCUAACCCCAGAAAUUAUUUACGGUGAAAGCUAAUGCUCUCAAGACUGCAGAGAACGAGCCAUUCCAUUCAUUCGGUCGGAAGGCUGUCGAAGUGACCACCACUCCUUGCAUCUUUUGCUGGAUAUAUUUGGAUAACUACGAUGUCAAUACCAAGAUCUUGCAGAGGAACUGUGCUGCUCUGGCUCAUGUUCAUUUCAGACGUUGCUGGUAAAGUGUCCCCCACCACCUCGGAUGCUCUCCUCAGUGUCCCCUCGGCCAGUGCCACCCUCACUCCCCCGGAUGUGUACCUGCCGGCCAGCUUCAAGCUCUCCAACGCCCAGCUGGCGUUCUUCCUGCAGGAGGCCCGCACCUCCUCCUCGGGAAAGCUCGGCGGCCACCCGCUGCACAGAUCCGAGAGCUUUGUGGUCUUUCAGACCAGGGAGCUGCCGGCGGUGAACAUCAGCCUGGGGCCCUUCGCGCGCGACCAGGCGCUGCCCAAAGACCUGCUGCAGCCCUCCGGUCCGCUGGACAUCCCCGGCAGCGUGACCGUCAACUGGAAGGUGCGGGCGUUCAUCGUCCAGUCGCGGGUGUUUGCCACCAACCCCGUGGUGCAGGUGUUCUUCUACAUCGCGGGCCGCGACUGGGACGACUUCAAGGGCCAGGACAGCCUGCCGUGCGUGCGGCUGCACGCUUUCCGGGACCCACGGGAGAUCAAGACCUCCUGCCGGCUGCAGGGCAACCUGGCCCAGUGCCUGGCCCAGCUGGAGCUGCCGCUCACCUGGUUCAACGCCAACGUGGCGCCCCUGGGCCGCCGGAAAGGCUCCUCCUCCUCCAGCAGCGACAGCCUGGAGCUGAACGGCGAGACCUUCCAGGUGGGGCUGUACUACACCCUGCAUGAGCCGGGGCCCAGCGGGGAGUGCAGCGACAGCAACCCCCGCCGAGGAGGUGGAGGUGGAGGUGGAGGCGGAGGAGGAGGCAUGAGAGGGGGGGAGGCUUCUUCUCAGCAGCCCCUGCUCCGCAUCGGCAGUAUCAGCCUCUACCAGCCCAACCAGGAGGUUCUGGUGGUGGACAAGCAGCUGGAUAAGAACAUCUUCCUGAGGCUGCCAGAGAAGCCGCUUAAGCCGGGAGAGACCCUGACCAUCAGCCUCUUCGUGGUGCCCAACUCCACCGUGGAGCAGUUCUCCCUCAAGGUGAAGGCGAAGAAGGGGGUGAACCUGCUGAGUACUGAGCCCAAGAGUGCACUGUGGAAUGUGGACUGGGAGAGGCAGUCAGGAGCCAAACACUCCAUCGCCACCGUCACCGUCAGCAGAAACAAAGACGUACCACCCGGGGAGAUGAUGGGCAAUAUUGAAAUCAUGCAGCUGGAUUUCGAAAUGGAGAACUUCACCAGCCAGUCCGUGACCAGGAGGAUCAACUGGAACAUCGAUUACCAGGGCCAGAACCCUCCGCCUGACUCGGAGAAGGUGGUGACGGAGCUCACCGUGGUGCAGAGGGACAUCCAGGCCAUAAUCCCCCUGUCCAUGGACACGGAGAUCAUCAACACGGCUGUUCUGACCGGGCGAACGGUGGCCAUCCCUGUGAAGGUGGUCUCCAUAGAGAUGAGUGGUGUUGUCACCGACGUGUCCAGCGCUGUCCAGUGCAAGUCCUCUAAUGAAGACAUUGUCAAGGUGUCCAUGAGCUGUGACUACGUUUACGUGAACGGGAAGGAGACGCGAGGGUCCAUGAGUGGCCGCGUGAUGUUCACCUACGAGCACCUGAGCGCCCCCCUGGAGCUCACCGUCUGGGUGCCCAAGCUGCCCCUCAACAUCGAGCUCUCCGACAACCGCCUCAGCUUCAUCAAGGGCUGGAGAGUACCCAUCCUGCCCGACCGAAGAACGGCCCGCGACAGCGAUGACGACGAUGACGAUGACCGCAAGGUAGCACGCGGCUGCGCCCUGCAGUACCAGCGCGCCCAGGUGAAGGUGCUGACGCAGUUCCAUACCACCUCCACCGAGGGCACCAACCAGGUCAUCCCCAUGCUGGGGCCCGACUGGCAGGUGGACGUCACCGACCUGGUCCAGGACUCACUCAAGGUGGCCGACCCGCGCGUGGCCGAGCUGGUGGACCGCACCGUGCUGGUCGGCCUGGAGCUGGGCGCCACCUCCCUGAAGGUUGAGUCUCCUCUGGCGGUGGAAGCAGUGCUGGGAGAAGCUCCUUUCUCUGUGACGGACGAGAAGGUCUCCAUUGUGGACCUGCGCACUCACGCCAUCUCUGGCCUCACGCUGUCACUGCAGCCAAGUCCUGGAAACAGCCACACUAUGGUCGCUAAGGCAACUGGCCUGCAGACUCUCACCACCCCAAAGCAGGAAGCCAGCCUGUCCGUGUGGCUCUACUACAGCGACAACACGGUGGCGCCGCUGGCCCUUUACGACCCCAAGGACUACAACCUGAACGCCUCCACCUUCGACGAGAAGGUGUGCAGCGUGACGCAGACGCAGCGCUGGCCCGUCAUCGUGGCGGAGGGCGAGGGCUACGGAGAGCUGCUGCGCGUGGAGAUGACCAUCGGCGAGACCUGCCAGAAGACCAAGCGCAAGAGCGUGAUCGCCUCGUCCACCGUCUACGUCAAGGUGCGCUUCGGGCCUGAGGAGGACUCCGAGGAGGAGGUGGAGGGUGAGAUGGAGACCCGCGAGCCCUCGUCCAACACCCGGCGACCCGUCAUCGACCCCAGUGCAGGAGCAGGAGGUCGCGUGGGUGGAGGCUACAUUCCGUCUAAUGGCCAGCCUGCCAGUGUGCCAAUUGACUACACCAACUUCCCGACCACGGGCAACCAGGAGCCACCCACGGAGGAGGACGACGAGGAGGAAGACGAGGACGACGACUACCCUCCUCUACCUCGCAGCAUGACGGACCUGGAGAUCGGCAUGUACGCGCUGCUGGGCGUCUUCUGCCUGGCCAUCCUGGUGUUCCUCAUCAACUGCAUCGUGUUCGUGCUCAAGUACCGGCACAAGCGCAUCCCGCCCGAGGGCCAGGCCAACAUGGACCACUCGCACCACUGGGUGUUCCUGGGCAACGGGCAGCCGCUGCGCGCCCAGAGCGAGCACUCGCCGCAGCAGGUGGAGAGCCCCAGCAACGCGCUGGAGGGUGUGCAGACGUGCUGCCACGGCGACCACCACAGCAGCGGCAGCUCGCAGACCAGCGUGCAGAGCCAGGUGCACGGACGGGGCGACGGGAGCUCCGGGGGCUCCACGAAGGAACACGGCGAGGACGCCAGCUCGCCCACGUCCAAGCGCAAGAGGGUCAAGUUCACCACCUUCACCACGCUGCCCACCGAGGAGCUGCCCUACAACUCCAUCCCCAUCGCCGACGAGGAGGACAUCCAGUGGGUGUGCCAGGACAUGGGCUUCCAGGACCCGGAAGAGCUGCAUGAUUACAUGCGCAGGAUAAAGGACAUCGCCUAAGCUGUGGUGGUGGUGGUGGUGGUGUAGUUAAGUGUAGCCUCACUUGCCACUCUCACAGAGGGCUUUCUAGAGCUUUCUAAACAAAACAAAAAACUUUCCUUUAUAAUUUUUUUUUUUGCUUUUUUUCCCCACUUUAAUGGAGGUAUUUUUUCAAAACUUAACAAAGGCCAACUACAAGUGUUUUGUUUUAUUUUUUCGUUGGGGUUUUUCCUUUUUGCACAGUGCUGUUACCCUUACACAUUCACAAUUAAACGAACAAUAGCGAAAAACAAACUCACCACCUCCGCAGCCGCCGCCACUACCAACAACAGCAGCA